AUGAAAACCACACAGUCCACAAACGCGGACGCGUCCAAUUGGGAUAUGCCCCCUCCAUCCCAAUCCCACUUCGCGCAGUUCGCCAACUUCGCCCCGGACGACGGCGCCUCCUUCGAAGACGAAUUCAAACGUCUCGCCUCGUCACAGAAUUGGGUCCCCGGUUCGCAACAGUAUACACGCCAGCGCACCAUCGCCAUUCGCGAGGAACUCACGCUGCACUACUUCACUGCACCGGAAGCUCUACCAGGGUCUCAAUCGCGACAGCAGGGGACCCAAACCCAACCCCCCAUCCUCACACACGAACAACGCAUCCUCCAAGGCUACCAAUCCCUCUGUCUCGAAGUCGGACUCCCACCACCCGACACCAUCAAAGAAUGUAAACACGACCUCAAAAACACACUCGUCAACAUUAUCGACUUGAUUGAUGUCCGACGAGUAGUGGGCCUAGGCGACGGGGAGAAGAAGACGAGAGUCAAAGUGUGGGAUGAUUUUGAGGCGUUUAGGGACUAUACAUUGCAAGAUGAACACCGUAUUGACAGGGAGGAGGCGAAGCGGGGCGAUGGUAUUCUGGCGUCGUUGUUGCAGCGGCUUUAUGUGCCGGAUCGGAAGGGGAAGGGGAAGAGAUGGGGUAGGGGACGGGGGAAAAAUGAGAGUGUGGGUGUGUCGAAAACGGUCUCGGGGAGGGUGACGAAGGGUGGGAAUCGCCGGACAUGA